AUGGACGCAGUUCCUGAGCCACUGAACGGUGUCUAUUCUGUGGCGAAUUUGUUAGCUGACAAAGAGGAAACGGUGUCGAUUGUCGAAUCUCCGCCGAAAUCUAUCAGUGAUAGGGAACUACUAGAAUGGCGCCGAUUAGGUGCAGCUCUAGCUUUUCAGCAGAAAUUAGCCCUCAUGCAACAAGCGCUUUUACCGAUGAGGUUUGCUGAGCAAUGUCCACCGUUAUUUCCUAACUUGGGUUCGAACUUCGGCGUGUUGAGUGGCGGAUUCGGCGCAAUGCAGCCUUUCUGGCAGAGUCAGUUUAGACAAGUAGCUCUUAAUCUUCUGUCAUCGCCUCAGCGGAUUUCGCCAAAACAAGAGGAAAGCGUACUGAAGAACUCCACGUUUUUCUCAGAAGGUCCCUCUCCAUCGACAGAAAACGUUUUUCCUUGUUUUCGCUGCACGAAACUUUUCUCCUCGAGUUCUGCAUUGGAACAGCACCAGGCCAUUCACUCCACUGAUAAGCAGUUUGAAUGUAAGCAGUGCGGUAAAACAUUCAAGAGGUCUUCUACCCUUUCGACGCACCUGCUCAUCCACUCCGACACCCGCCCUUACCCUUGCGAAUACUGCGGGAAACGUUUCCAUCAAAAAAGCGACAUGAAGAAGCACACUUACAUUCAUACAGGUGUAAUAAGCACUUACGACAUCCCUUCAUUCGUGCAGAGCAAGCCGAAUACUGCGCAAGAUACAUCAGACGACAAACUAACUGUGUUCAGAGCUACUCCGCAACACUUCGGCUUCAGUUCCAGCGUGCGCGAUGCGGAGAGCUGCGAGUCGUUCAACGACGAGAUACUCAACCUUAGUCGCAAAGAAUGA